CCUGAAUGUGAGCGGUGAAUUCCCAGACACCACAUUAUCGUUAUCCCAUCACCAAACAACGCUCCGCGCUGCCACGCACCAGCACAAGCUCAUCGCCCUGUUAUCCAGCCCCACGCAAACUUCGAGGUCAGCCUCGCGCAGACUGACCAAGCUGACAGCUCUGAGGCUAUUGUAGUAAGAGAAGCGAGCUCAACCAAGCACGAAAUGUCGCUACCAUGGACCGCAGAGGAAGAUGAGUGGCUCAUUGCAUUGGUGAAGGCUGUUACGCCCUGGGAAGAGAUCGCGAACCAGAUGCCUGGGCGAACGGUUAGAGGCUGUCGGAAGCGCUAUUAUAACAUGGCCAAAUCCCGAAGAAAAGCAGAAGAGAAGAAGAACCCCCCCACCGAUGUUCAUGAGCAAUCCAACCAUAUGGAUUGGCCCGAGGAAGUAGCUGGGUCGGCCGGACCCUGGCGUUCGCCCAACGGUCAAGCAGGGAACACAAGAGCUCAUACCAGCCCGGGGCACCAUUUCUUGUCGGAUCAUAGCUAUUCCAGUACAUCCCGAAGAGACAUUCAUCUUCAACACUCGCAUGCUCUCCCUGCCUUCGAUUCCCUGACCUCAUCUUCAGCCGACGACUCUCACUUAGCGACAAUUGAGCUUCCGCCUCUGCUAUCGCCACGUGCAUAUGGCUAUGGCGAAUUUAGGUCCAGUAUGGACCGCGCACGACCGAUAGAAUGCGAGAUGGAACCCAUCUCACCCCCAAGAACUUUCGAAUUCGCCAAGCCGGGACCCUUUUCCGAGCUUGGAGGCCUUCUGGACUCGACACAAGAUCAAAGGGUCGGCUCUGAAAUCAUUGAGAUGGCUAAGUCCGUUCUCGGUUUUAUCGAGGGCGAGAGAAUUGACCUUGAUGUGCCAUACAGGGCAUGCCCAGGAAUGCGUCGCAGCCCUCUUCAACAAUGGACCUUUUGGACGGUCACCUGUUCCACGUAAAUAGAUAGAUGAUGAUAAUCAGCAGCUUUAUUCUCCCUCGAAGCAUGUCAAGCCUCAGAGCAACCGAGUUAAUAAAUGAGCAUCGUCUACAGCGCGUAUGCAUAAAGCGCCCGGAAUCCAUGAUCAACAUCGAGG